CACCUGUGACCGCCUCCCCGCCCGCCGCCUGAGGAACAUGGCCACUCCACCCAAGAGAAGCUGCCCGUCUCCCUCCAGGAGCUCCGAGGGGACCCGCAUCAAGAAAGUCUCCAUCGAAGGGAAUAUCGCUGCAGGGAAGUCAACAUUUGUGAAUAUUCUUAAACAAGUCUGCGAAGACUGGGAAGUUGUUCCUGAACCUGUAGCCAGAUGCUGCAAUGUUCAAAGUACUCAAGAUGAAUUUGAGGAACUAACAACGUCUCAGAAGAGUGGUGGGAAUGUUCUUCAGAUGAUUUAUGAAAAACCUGAACGAUGGUCUUUUACCUUCCAAUCAUACGCCUGUCUCAGUCGAAUACGAGCUCAGCUUGCUUCUCUCAAUGGCAAGCUCAAAGAUGCAGAGAACCCUGUAUUAUUUUUUGAACGAUCAGUGUAUAGCGACAGGUAUAUUUUUGCAUCUAAUUUAUAUGAAUCUGACUGCAUGAAUGAAACUGAGUGGACGAUUUAUCAAGACUGGCAUGACUGGAUGAAUAACCAAUUUGGCCAGAGCCUCGAAUUGGAUGGAAUCAUUUAUCUUCGAGCUACUCCAGAAAAAUACUUAAAUAGAAUAUAUUUACGGGGAAGAAAUGAAGAGCAAGGCAUUCCUCUUGAAUAUUUAGAGAAGCUUCUCUAUAAACAUGAAAGCUGGCUCUUGCAUAGGACACUGAAAACCAACUUUGAUUAUCUACAGGAGGUACCUAUCUUAACAUUGGAUGUUAACGAAGACUUUAAAGACAAACAUGAAAGUCUGGUUGAAAAGGUCAGAGAAUUUUUGGGAACCUUGUGAUCUUACUGAAGACUACAGGUGACCACAUGGUUCCAGAUCCUUCAGCUUUGUAUGUCUUCAUAGCUCCACAUUCAUGCAAGUCU